AUGUCUGAUUCUGACGACUCCUCUCACUCUCCAAGAAACUCUCCCAAACCUCUUUCCAUGGCCGAAACUCCCAAACCUCGUUCCUUCCAACAAGACAUGCUAGAUCCUUACUAUAUGCACCCCAGUGAUAACCCAGGCUUAGCCAUCGUCACACCUUCUCUCAACAACACCAAUUUUCAUUCUUGGUCAAGAUCCCUAAAAUUAGCUCUCAUGUCCAAGAACAAAUUAGGGUUCAUCGAUGGAACCCUUCUUCGUCCCAAUCUCACCGAUCCCAAUUUCGUCCUCUGGAACCGAUGCAACAAUAUGGUUAUGGCCUGGAUCACGAACUCUAUUGACAAAGAGAUCUCUGAGAGUGUGCUAUGGAUUGACUCUGCGAAGGAAAUUUGGGAAGAGCUUCACGAAAGAUACCAUCAAGGCGACAUCUUUCGAAUUUCAGACCUUCAAGAAGAGAUCUAUGCCCAGAAACAAGGUGAACAAACCAUUACUCAAUACUUUACCACUCUGAAAAAACUAUGGCAAGAAUUCGAUAAUUUUCGCCCACUUCCUAAUUGCACUUGUGAACCUGUUUGUCAUUGCCUAUUACUUCCCACCAUCAAAACCUAUCGUGAAAAUGAUUAUGUGAUUCGUUUUCUCAAAGGUCUCAAUGACCAAUACGCACCUGUUAGAUCCCAAAUCAUGCUUUUAAAUCCACUUCCUAGUGUCAACAAAGUUUUCUCUAUGUUAAUUCAACAAGAAAGACAAAUCUUUACCCCUAACCCUGAUGAAAAAAUUAUUGCCCAAAUUCAAAAACCACCCAUCAAAAAUCGUCAAAAUGACAAUCUUCCCAAACCAUCCUACACACCCAAAUCGAAGGGCCUGAAAAUUUGCACCUAUUGCAACAAACCUGGUCAUACCAUUGAGGUGUGCUUCAAGAAGCAUGGCUUCCCUCCUUACCUGAAAAAGGCCAACAUAGCCUUGGCUACUGCUGAUGAACCUGAUAAUGAAGAAGGCGCAUCUGGCACUUCUGAAGAUAAUUCUGGCAACAUUGGCUUCACUGCUGAACAACAACGAGCUUUACUUGCCCUGCUUCAAUAG